AUGGCUCCAACCGCAGACGUGCUCCCUCCCGUCGAGGCAUCCACGCGUCCAGGCUUGCUCGUCCAGCCUUCGGAUACCAAACUUCGCAAAGCAUCGUCCUUCCGAACCGAGCAGGUCGUUAUCGACGGCUACAAUCUCAAGAUCCAGGGUCUCGUCGCUUCCGCUCGAUACGGUCACGUUCCCGUCCUCGACCCCUCCGCUGAGACGCGAAAGCGUAUUGAUGACUCGGUCCAGUCCUUAAUCGCCAAGCUCGACCGUGGCGAGUCAAUCUACGGCAUCAACACGGGGUUCGGUGGGUCCGCCGACUCGAGGACCGCCAACACACGUGCGCUUCAGCUGGCCUUGCUCCAGAUGCAGCAGUGUGGCGUGCUCCCCGUGCCAUCCACAUUCCCCACGGGCGAACCCAGCUCGGCACCCUUUGCACUCCCUUUGACGGACACAGAGUCUUCACUGAUCAUGCCGGAGGCAUGGGUAAGGGGUGCCAUCGUGGUUAGGCUCAGCUCUCUGAUGCGCGGUCAUUCGGGUGUGCGUUGGGAGGUGCUCGACAAGAUGCAGAAGCUUUUCCUCCAGAACAACGUCACUCCAGUCGUACCAGUCAGGUCGAGUAUCUCGGCCAGUGGUGAUCUUAGCCCACUUAGCUACGUAGCCGGUGCGCUUGCCGGUCAGCGUGGCAUCUACUGCUUUGUCACCGACGGCCGUGGUCAGCGUGUCAAGGUGACUGCGGAUGAGGCUUGUCGCAUGCACAAGAUCACCCCCGUCCAGUAUGAGCCCAAGGAGGCGCUUGGUCUGCUCAACGGCACCGCUUUUUCAGCCUCUGUUGCGGGUCUCGCUACCUACGAGGCCGAAAAUCUAGCCUCUCUGACGCAGCUCACCACCGCUAUGGCCGUCGAAGCCCUCAAGGGUACCGAUGCCAGCUUUGCUCCUUUCAUUCACGAAAUCGCCCGCCCGCAUCCUGGUCAGAUCAAGAGCGCCAAGUUUAUCCGCGCGCUUCUUUCCGGCUCUAGGCUAGCAGAGCAUCUCGAAAACGAAAAGCACGUCCUCUUCUCCGAAGACAACGGAACGCUGCGUCAGGACCGUUACACGCUGCGAACCGCCUCCCAGUGGGUCGGCCCGGGUCUCGAGGACAUCGAAAACGCAAAGCGAUCCGUCGACAUUGAGAUUAACAGCACCACAGAUAACCCCAUGAUCGACCCGUACGACGGCGACGGUCGCAUCCACCACGGAGGCAACUUCCAGGCCAUGGCCAUGACGAAUGCCGUCGAGAAGAUCCGCCUCGCCUUGUGUGCUAUGGGCAAAAUGACGUUCCAGCAGAUGACAGAGCUCGUCAACCCGGCAAUGAACCGAGGAUUGCCCGCCAACUUGGCUUCCACGCCUGAUCUGUCGCUCAACUUCCACGCCAAGGGAAUCGAUAUUGCGCUUGCCAGUGUCACUUCGGAACUCAUGUUCCUCGGCAACCCCGUUUCAACGCAUGUACAAAGUGCAGAGAUGGCCAACCAGGCCAUCAACUCGCUGGCGCUCAUCAGCGGCCGCCAGACGCUGCAGGCGAUCGAGUGCCUCUCGAUGAUUCAGGCUUGGUCGCUCUACCUCUUGUGCCAAGCACUCGAUAUUCGCGCUUUGCAGUAUAAGGUUGCUGAGCAGCUGCCCACGCUCAUCUUGGCAUCGCUGCACAGUCACUUUGGCGAGUGGAUGGAUGAGACCAAGCAGCAAGAGAUUGCAGCACAGGUGCUCAAGAGCAUGAGCAAGCGUCUCGACGAAACCUCGUCCAAGGACCUUCGCGAUCGACUGGUCGAGACGUACCAAGACGCGUCGUCUGUGCUUGUGAGGUACUUUUCCGAGCUGCCUAGCGGUGGUGGUGCGGAUCCGCUGAGGAACAUUGUCAAGUGGCGCGCCACCGGUGUAGCUGACACGGAAAAGAUUUACAGGCAGGUAACGAUCGAAUUUCUUGACAACCCAUACGCUUGCCAUGCCAGCCACCUGUUGGGCAAGACCAAGCGCGCCUACGAGUUUGUCAGGAAGACGCUGGGUGUGCCCAUGCAUGGUAAGGAGAACCUCAACGAAUUCAAGGGCGAAUUUGAGCAAUGGAACACGACGGGCGGUUACGUCUCGGUCAUCUAUGCUAGUAUUCGAGAUGGCGAGUUGUAUAACAUGCUGAGCGAGCUCGAAAGGGAUUUGUAG